ACGUCACCGUGGGAGUGCUCCAUCUGGAGGAAUGAACCAUCAUCCGCGAAAAAACGCUGUCAGACGAUUGUAACAAUAGCAAAAAAAAGAAGGUAUUAAAGAAGUCUAUACUGGAUUUUCUUUCCUAUUUCCAAGCCCUGCUUCCUCUCAUCCUGUAAAGGACAGAAUCUGUGAUGGAACUCACUUCUAAAGGCUUGUUACUUUGAGCAUUUUUGUUUUGGUUAAGCAUCUGAAGUCUGCCUUUAGGUUUCUUGCAUCUCUCCUUAUUACCUAUGCAACCAAGUUCCCUCUGGUCAACAUACAUGGGCAGUCUAGCUCAGAAUGCACAACAAUUACACAUUGCUGCUGUGAUUAUCUACUGAUGUCUCAAGGAUUUCAGCCCAUGCUGCUGACUCUGGACAAUCACAAACCCUAGACUGAAGUGAGCUGAUGUAGAUGAGCAUGAAUUUGAACACUCACACAGAUGCAUGUGUGUGCUCACGGCCAAAUUGAGUGCCAGCCUAUGGCUUAAUAGUUUACACUUCACAAGAGUCUGCCUGUAUGAAAAUUGUGACUUGGUCCUAUUGGGUACUGCAUUGAUGGAGAACAAUAAUAGUGAACAAAAUCAUGAUGAGCCAGACUCAGAAGGCAGGUACCAGGAACAAGACAACAAAAGGCAAAUUGAUCAGGAGCAUGCCUUGUCCAAAAUCACCCACAAUGCCUUGGAGAAUAUUGGUGUAAUUGGACAAGGCUUGAAACAGCUAUUUCAGCACCAGCGGAGGCGCUCCUCUGUCUCACCCCAUGAUACACUCCCACUGCUCCCCUCUGUAGGGGCAGCUGAGUCUCCUGAGCUAAUCUCUGAUCCACUGGAGAGCUAUGGCUCUAUAUCUGACACUGACAGUGUCCCCCAAACUUCCACCCAUCCCACAGCUUUGAACAGAGUGCUGCAGCAGAUUCGAGGUGCCCCCAUGAUGAAAAGAGGGACAAGCCUUCAAAGUCGUCGCACUAAGGCUUCAACAGAGCCCCCCAAAGGAAGUCCCCAAAUUCACAGAAAAUCUUCCCAGGAAGUAACUCAGGCAGGCCGACCACGUUCCUCAUCUACCACAGAUGCCUCUUAUACUUCUGCACUGGUCGAAGUCAUCUCCAACUAUCCAAUUAGCGAUGAGUCUGAACGAAUUGAAAGGUUGGAAGUGAGCAGUCUAGCACAAACAUCCAAUGCAGUGGCUUGUGCUACAGAUUGCAGUAUCAAUGUAGAUACUGUAGACGGCACCCCUGACCCCCAAAGAACAAAAGCUGCUAUCCUACAUCUACAACAGAAAAUACUUAAACUGACAGAACAGAUCAAAAUUGAGCAAACCGCCCGUGAUGACAAUGUGGCAGAGUACUUGAAGUUGGCAAAUAAUGCAGACAAGCAGCAGAGUGCCCGGAUCAAGCAGGUGUUUGAGAAGAAGAAUCAAAAGUCAGCCCAGACCAUCCAUCAGUUACAGCGUAAACUUGAUCACUACCAUCGAAAACUGCGUGAAAUUGAGCACAAUGGCAUCCCCCGGCAACCGAAGGAUGUUUUUAGGGACAUGCACCAGGGUCUAAAAGAUGUGGGUGCCAAAGUGACAGGUUUCAGUGAAGGUGUAGUGGACAGCGUUAAAGGUGGUCUGUCCAGCUUCUCACAAGCAACACACUCUGCAGCAGGAGCUGUUGUCUCCAAACCAAGGGAAAUUGCUUCACUCUUUAGAAACAAGUUUGGUAGUGCAGACAACAUUUCCAGCUUAAAGGAUUCUUUAGAUGAGUCCCAGGGUGAAGAUGGAAUAAAGCCUUCAGGCCUCUGCAGCAAUUUGCAAUCCAGCCCUAAAUAUGGAAGUGAAGAUGACUGUUCCAGUGGUACCUCUGGUUCAGCGGGUGCCAAUAGCACUAGUAGGGCCCCUGGGGGCCCGCCCAGCUCCAAAACAAAUACACUGGAAAAUCAAAGCUCAGGGUUUGAUACUAUUUUUCAUGAGAUUCAGGAAAUUCGUGAGGCACAGGGAAGACUGGAAGAAUCUUUUGAAAAUCUGAAAUCACACUACCAGAGAGACUAUUCUUUAAUAAUGCAAACACUACAAGAUGAAAGAUACAGAUGUGAAAGGCUGGAGGAUCAAUUGAAUGAUUUAACAGAGCUUCACCAGAAUGAGAUUAUCAACCUCAAGCAGGAGCUGGCGAGCAUGGAAGAAAAGAUUGCAUACCAGUCAUACGAACGCGCCAGGGACAUUCAGGAGGCGCUAGAGGCUUGUCAAACCCGUAUCUCGAAGAUGGAGUUGCAGCAGCAGCAGCAACAGGUGGUGCAACUGGAAGGUCUGGAGAAUGCUACAGCACGAACCUUGUUGGGAAAGUUAAUCAAUGUACUGCUGGCUGUGAUGGCUGUCUUACUGGUUUUUGUCUCCACUGUGGCCAACUGUGUUGUUCCCCUAAUGAAAACACGUAACCGAACAUUUAGCACUUUCUUCCUAGUAAUUUUCAUUGCCUUUUUAUGGAAAAACUGGGAUGCCAUAUCUGGAUACUUUGAAAGAUUCUUCCAACCUCCUAGAUGAUGCUAGUAUUGGGGUGGGGUGGGAGGUGGUUGUCUCAAAGGUUUAAAUGCAUGAAGGAGGGGGUCAGAUGAAGAUGAUACCCUGUGGAAUACCACUACGAAGAGUUUCAUUAAGGAAGUGAACAUUAAUAAGACAAGAACACUUUAUUUUCUUUCAACUUAAGGAACUGGAGUGAAUGUUUACAUUUAAAAAAUAAAAAAGACAGUUUCUUGGAAAAAAACUUGCAAUAGUAAUUUUUAGAAGUUAUUUUAGGCUGGGAGAGUGGACUUUUAUGUAGCAUUGAUUUCUUUCACUGCAUUGGAAGGGGCACAUUAAGCAAGAGAACAAAAUUCCCAAGCAAGAAAGGUAUCUUCUAGAAGUGGUGUGAAACUGAAGUCCUCCCUUCCAGUAUUAAAGCAGCCAAGCACGAUCCAACAGUAAAGAGUUGUCUUCUUUAAGUGAAAAACAAGCACAUUCCGUAUUUAAAGAAAAAAAAUGGAUGUGGUUUUUGGUUGAUGGAACAAAUUGCUUCCCUGGCCAGUCUUUGCAGUAACUUUAUAUAAUUGUUGUAGCUUUGAUGCAUACAUGUUAUUAAAAUGGGGCCUAACAUUUAAGACUACUGUGUAUCAUAACCAAUGUUCUGUACAUUUUUUAUUUUGUCGCAGGUAAAUAUUGUGACAUAUUUUAGUUCAGUUAAGAAAUCCUGUUGCGCUUCAUACUUAUUCAUGCAAAACAGAAACAAAAUGACAAAUUAACAUACUUGAAGAGUGUACAGCUCAAGAAUCUCAGUGCUUCCGUACUGUUUCUAUUAGCUAUAAGAAUAGUUUUAAUUUUUUUUAUAUCAAAAUAAGAAAUCUUUUAAAUUCAGAAUUAAAUGAAUGAUUUAUAGUGUAAAGUUGUUUUUGGCUGAAGAAUUUAAAUGCCUGUUUAUAAUGGCACCAUAAGAGAGUGGGGAAUGGACACCAAACUUGCACUUUUACUCUUAGAGAAUAGUGAAAGCUGUUUUUCCUUCCUAGUGAAAGACCAUAGUCAAAUUUUGAGAAAGGAAGUUAAAAAAGAUGAAUAGCAUUGCUAAAACAUAUAUAUUGUAUGUAAAGACUUAAGAAAAGUCAUGUUUAGAAGAGUUCAUUUGAAAAAGAUAGUUUGACAUCCCUAGUCUGGGCUGCCAAGCACUUCAGUAGGGCUGCUUGAUUUCUCAUCUAAUUCACAUUAUCUGAAUACUGAAACUGUGAUUUGUAACAAAUCAAUUAUUAGAUUUUGUGUAUAGAAAGAUUGUUGCAGUGCCAACCAUAUGUCAACCUGGAUGGAAUUCAGAACCUGAAACAUUGUCAAUUCAGUUAACAAUAUUUGCUGAAUCACGUUCAGGGACCAUUAGAGAUGACAAGUCAUCUAUUUAGAAUCAUCUAUUUAUAAGAUUACCAAAGAUCUAUUUGUGCAUGUUCUAUCAAAUCACAAACUGUAUUCUAGUGUAAUUGGUGUGCAUUUCAUCACAGUAAUAUUGAAAAGGGAAGAAAAUAAAACUUGGGCUUUAUUUGCCAGUUUAGAAUUUGGUUUCCCACUAUGGAUGGAGGCAUUAAAGGUGGUACUUAGUCCCACAAACCUUAGGGUAAACACAAUAUAUUUAAAGUAGUUUCUUUUGUAUCAAAAGUGUAGCCUUUUGUACCUGUUUUAUACAGUAUGUUGGUCUUAAAAGCUCAUAUUAGUAGUAUAUACCAGGUCCCAUGAUGUUUGGGGUUCAGGAGAACAGGCUUCCUUGUAUAUUUAGUUUAAGUAACUUUUUUUCCACAGUUAAACAUGUUUAGUAUCUUUCAUUUUUGCAAUUCCUGUAUUAAUGCACUGUUAACCAUGAAAGCUGUCUAUUUUAAAAGUAUUUAUUACAGCUUCUUAAACAGAAAACUAUUCCAAAAUGUGCAGAAAAACUUUGUCUUACCUGAAUAGGCUUUUGAGGGGACACAUAUGUACCUUUACAAGAAGCAGCAUUAAACUCGCUAACUCUUGCAAUGCUUUUUCUUCACCUCUUAAUAAUACCACUUAGAAUGGUCCAUACUGGGGGUUUGGGGUAACAAAGACAGUGAGUGCCUCCCCUAAACUCCUGUUCUCCUCUCACAUUGUCCCACUAACUCUAUGAAGUGCUAGUCUGAUAUUUAUCUACAUUACGAUUUAAUAUGAAGCUCCUAGUAAGUGUGCACUUUGUGGCCAGCUAAAGUUUCAGUUGAAAUGUUAAGAUCAUCUGCAGAAAAUUAUAGAAUACUAUUCAAUAUUUAAGCAGCUGGAACAAUCUAAAACUGUAAAGAUCUUUUUCUGUAACCCUAUUUUUAAUCAGCCAUUUAAAUGGUUAAUUGAAAGGCUUUGUGUGUUAAUGUCUAAACACAACAUUCACACAGAAACGCAUGCAUUGUGUAUAUCUUUUUGUGUAUAUAUGUAUAUGAGAGGCACAAUAAACAGUACAUGAGUCUAAUGUAGCACAGAUGAUGAAAUACUUACAAUAAAUCCAUCCAUCCAUCCAUCUAUUUUCCAACCAGAGAAAAAUGGGCAAUUUAUACAGAUUCUACAUACACUGGGAAGAGAAGGUAAUGUGAAUGGCAGUAAGGCUGUCAGAUUAUCAAGGUUUGUGACCUGGCCUUGAAAGUGUAAUCUGUUUAAAAACUUUUGAACUAGCCUUCAUUUUUUCCCUUUAGAGAAUGUUACUGUAGUAUGUUAGUCUAAAAUUGGCUUGUCAACCAAGCUAACAACCAAGAAUUAUGAUUGAAAGUAGAAAUGCCUUGGAACAUUAUAAUCAAGUUCUAAUUAAAAGACUGGAUCUUCUCCUCUUUUUUAUCUUUGAGAGCUGAGCACUAGUUAAGAUGAAAAUGUGUACUAGUGCAUCCAUAUUUCCUUUGAGCAUUUGUUAUUGCCUGCAGAUCAGUUAGCUAUGUUAUGUUAAUUUAACUGUAUGUUCAUUGUUUUGCAAAUCAGCUCAUACUUCACUGAUCCGCAUAUUAAUACUGGCUAUUUAGAUAGUAUUGAUAGUACUCUGAAACAUCUGUUAAUGUGGUGUCCAUUAUAAACAGGUCAGUGUGAACAUCUGCAAUUGUGUGGACUCAGUUGACACUGUAAUUAAAAAACAGGAUAUUUUGAUUAUAUUUGUGUAUGUGUGUGUAUGUGAAUGAAGAAAAAACAUUCCUGGUUUACCUGGAGAAGCAGAUUCCUUUUUUAAAACUUGUGAUUGUGCCAUUAAAAGCAAUACAGAACAUUUGAGUCUUUAUGAUGGUCUGAUAAGUACUGUUUGUUUUAGAUGUUUAUUGUGCUGUUUCCAGGUUGUACUUAAUUUGUGGUGAAAUAAAACUAUGUUGAAAAUAUAUGUGAUUUGGAUUGUUAGCAAGUGUAAACUUGGGAGAAGUUAGUGGUUGUUUAUUUCCUUGCUAUUGCUCAGGGAUAGCUUUUUUAUUGCAAUUUUUUUCAUGUACUUAGCUUUGACAGGAACUUUUGUGCAAACUGAAGUCUUAAAGCCACAACUCCAGGUUAAUUCUGGUCCGUCAUGAUAAAUCGUCUGCACUGUUUGGAAAGCACUCUUAAGCAUACAUUGCAUUUAAGUACAAAUUCUAUUUUUAACCUAACCAUAAACAAAUACAAUAGAUUAAAUGUUCGGUGUUGCUUUAAUGUGCCAAACAAAUAAGUACAUUGAGGGUCUAGAGGAAUUCACAAUACUUCUUUUCAGGAGGUGGAACCAUAUUUUGUAUUUGACUUAACUUUUAGUCACAGAACACAGCUGUGUCACUAUCAUUACAUUGUGUACUGCCUUUUUUUGUUUGCCUGAAGGCAGCAUAUAAUAUAUAUAUAUAUAUAUA